UGCCAGCGACACCGACACCGACAUCGACCCCGGCCCCGGCCCCGGCCCCGGCCCACCACCCCAGGCCGGCACGGCUCCGCUAGGCGGAGGCUUAUAUUAUUUAGUUAUAUGGAGCUCUUUCUUCCCCACGCUGCUCGGGAGGCGAGACACGGUUUUGUAUCCAGACAGGUUUGCUUUCUAUGGAAGAUUUUUGGAGCUUCCCUAUACGUUGUUCUGACCGAAUCUGUUAAUCUGGGACCCUUCAGAUACCAGAAGGCUGCAAUGAGGUCUCCCAGAGCCUUCUCCUUCCAGUCUGCACAGCCCCAACUCUCUCAGCCCAUCUCCAUAGCAGAACUGCUCCAGUCCUCUGAUCAUAUUCAUGGCCUCCUCUGCACUCACUCCAGCAGGUCCACAUCCUUCUUAUGUUGGGGUACCCAGAGCUGAAUCCAGUACUCCAGGUGGAGUCUCAUAAAGGCAGUUCACUGUGUACAUUGCUUUUGGAACUGGAAGCUGUGAAGAAAGGAUAAUCAAAAGAAAACAGAAAGGCUCAGAAUAGAGCAAGUGCCAGCCGUCCAUUUAAUCACAGCUUUUGUCUUUGACAGGGCAAGUACAAAAUGUUUUGGAUGGCAUACAAGAUGCUGUACUGCAUAAUGAUGUGAUGAUAUGAUGAAGACAAAAUUUUUCCCAGUUACAGGGCACAUGUAAAUGCUUUAGCUACUGGACCACAAUGAUUUACUUCCCAUCUAUAAUCUUACUGUAUAUGUUCUAAUAUUUUGCAAGUGUCCAAGCAGCAUGGCUUACGGUAUUCUCAUCUAUUUCAUUAUGUAUAGAGAAAAUAUAUGGAACACAUCAAUACAGUAAGUCUGGUGUCAGCUGUUAGGAAAUCAGGUUAAAUUAUUUAAUUGUCCCUUUUGCCUUAAUAUUUAUGAAGUAUGCAAGUAGGAUUAUAUAAAGCAUACAACUGGAAUUCCUUCAAACCCAUAUAAUCUUAGAACUAGGCAAAGAAUCUACUAAUAAAUUUCAUAAAAUAGUUCAUUUUGCCCUGACCACGUUAAAAAUUGCGAUGUGCAACUUUCUAGUUAAUAUUUGCACACAGAUGCCAGAAACAAGGUUUUAUGUCUUCCUCAAUCUCUCUGAAUUCAAAGCAGUAAUUUCAAAGCAACUCACAUGAAGUAAUACUUCAUCUAUUUACACUGAAGUUUUGUUAAAUGAUUUUGAAUUACAUGUUCACUCAAGUCAAACACAAAAAAGUGUCUAUGCUAUUUGCUUGAGUACUUUUAUGGUAAUGUAUUCUGAUACACCUGUGAAAGGCAGAUAACCUGUAAGGUGCUGGCUGCUGGGAUCUCUGGGUGCCUGGGCUUCCCUGGGGAUGCUGGCCAGAGCAUCACUCUGUGCCAGCUUCCUGACACUGCUCUAGGGAACCACUUGUCCUAGUGCUUUUUUUGGCACAAACACCUGUUCUCAGUGUGGCCAAACUGACUACACCCAAUAUGGUCACUUUUUCUUGCUGAUAACUCAGACCAGUUUUCAACCAAUGGUAAGGUUAAAAUUAAUCUUUUUGUUCUUUGCCACUCUUUGAAGAAGGAAAUAGAAAUGCUUCUACUGACCACAACAGGCAUCAGAUUGGAACACUACUCACUUGAUAAAGAGCCCUUUUUAACUCAAGCUCUGGAAAUAAAACUAAAUAACAAGCUUAGAUUGUGCCUGCUCUGAAACUAAUAAUGGAAGUGGUCUCCUCUGUAGGGAUUGUAGCUCUCACACAAGCAAGCUACCAUUGAAAUAUACCGAAAAUCAGAAUGAAUUUUUAAUAUUAUUGAAGUAUGUUUUGUGAAACCCUGUGAAAAAAUUUGCCUGACAUCUGUUGGGCAAGGUAGAAAAGCUUCUUUAGAAGAAGAAUAUUACUUUUAUUGCAUAAUAUAGAAAAGGGAUUUAAGAAUAUAUUUAUGCUACCAGUUAAUUUCCAAAGGGUAUUUUAUUUUACUCGUGUGAACCGUACAAUUGAAGUUAAUAGUACUAAUUUCAGUUUUAAUCAUUAUAUGUUUAUAUAAACACACACAAAAUUAGAAUAUUAAAGUGGAGUUAGCUUCUUGAUACAGCCAGUCUGCAGUAGGCAAAGAUUCCAGCUGUGCAGAUCACAUCGUAUCUAAAAUAUCCCAUAAAGAAAAUAAUUGUUGUACAGAGUUCAAUUAGUCUAUUAUAGCAUAAAGUACACUGAGUCAGGGUAAAUCAAAAACUCAGAUAAACCAAACUCAAAUUAGCAGGAUAGCCAUCUCCCUUUAACAUGUGUUUGUUCUUCAGCAUUGCAGUUUGCAUUAUGGUUUUGUUCCUGGAGAGGAUUAAAUAGAACAAUACACAAGGUCAUCCCAGACUUAAUGUGCUUUUCAGAACAUUUAAUAAGCCAGUAGGUUUUGGAUAUGUAGAAUCAAUUAUUUCCAUACAAAAAAAUUUAAAUGUUCACACCAAAAUCUUUGUAUAGUUAUAAUAGAAAUAUAAAAUUCCCCUUCAGCCUGUGUUCAUCACACUUCUUUUCCUUUGCUGACUACUUAGCUGUACAGUCAGAGGCUUAAUAUGAAUCAUUUAUUUUGCAGUAGCAGUGCAAAACUCCAACUGCUUCAGAAGUGCCAAAUAUGAGAUCUUCUAGUUCUUCCCACAAGAUUUAUGCAAUCCAUUAUAUACCACAUCUUUUGAAAGCAUCUUCUAUCAAAUUCCAAGCAUAGUAAAUUAAAUAAUAGAUCUACACACCUGGAUGAAUGCACAAAAAGACACACACACACGGUGUUUAAUUUAGACAAAAUUCUGUUUACUUGCAUUUAUCAUUGAAUAUCUCAUUGAUUCCUACAUACCAUAAACCUAGAAUAGUAUGCAAGUAGUAUAUAUAAAGUCUUUUGUCUAAACACAUUGUUCUUGCAGUGUGUUGGGAACCUUAACCGAAGACAGGGCAGAAGGACAAGCAGAAUCAAAGCUGUUAAAUUUUUUUACAAAUUCCUCUUGCCAGGAUUUGAAGUUACUGUCUAACAUUUAACUAGUCUGAAGUAUAAAGGUAAUUCUGCAGGGUUCAUAUCAAGUAGUUCUUGAAGCGUUCAAUAGUAGAUGACUUUCCCCUGUGAUAGUGGAGCUGAUAAGUCAUAAUUUUUUCAGAGCACUACAAUUUUUCAUUCCAUAGAAGUGUUUCCAUAUUGAAUAGAUAAAUUUUAUGACAAAAACCCCAGAACACUGUAGAACAUUUCAAUAGAAAAUAAUGUCGUAUAAGCUUCACUUUGUAUUUCUGGAAAUAGAUUGAAAGUAAAAACUUUAUAAGGCUUAUUCAGCUUUAUAAGGUUUUGAGUAUCUGUGUGUGCAAUAGGAAUCUAGAAGUAAAAUAUAUAUUAUAAUAUCAAUCAUGAAGAGGACCAAGAAAACCACUUAUUUUUGUAGUGACAGUAUAGCAGUGUUGAUGAUUGGGAGCUAUAGUAAAUAAAGGUGAACUUCCAGGGAAGGUUGAGGAUGAAUAUGAAAUACUAUGAUGCUCUCACCUACAACUUAAAAGACCUUGAUCUGACUGUCUUGAAAUUUAUUGGAAAGGUUGGUUUGUGUUUGAAUAACAACGAACUUCAUCUCAAUUGAUAAGCCAGUCAUAACUGAUUUUAAAAGCUGAUUUAGAUAGUGCAAUUAAUAUAUAAGCUUAUUCACUUCUAUUGAUUAAAUUUCUGUAUGUAAAGAAAAUCUAUCUUACUAAUAAUUUUGAGAUUUUUGGGGAUGAAAAGGUGCUAGCCAAAGUUGAAAUAUUAGAUGAAAGAAUUUUGCUACUAUAAAAACUUUAUUUCUAAUUAAGUAAAGAUACUGUACUUAACACUUUGAAAAUAGCUGACACUUUAUCAAAUUUAAAUAAAGGAUUCUGAAAAUACAGACUAGUAACCACAACUAUAUACAUUGUAAUUGACAGAUAUCAUGGUUUAAAGAAUAACAGUAGGAAAUUUAUUAAAAAGAAAUUACAUUUCAACUAAUACAUUGCAAUUCCUGGAACAUGCAUUUAUAAAAACAGAUUAAUAAAAAAAAACCAGGAUUAACACAACAAAUAUGUUUUGAAAAUGCUGCUGAAAAAAUGUCACACAGGAACUACCCAGGAUAUGAAGUAGUUACAGAUUAAGGAAUAAAAUAUCUCCAUGGAUUGAAACAUGGGAAAUAGAAGCAAGGAGCCACUUUAUUACAGAGAAAUUACAGCAGUGGAGUGUUUAUGAAAGUUCUGCAAAUAUGUUUUGUGCUUAAUACUUUAAUAAAUGUUUGGGAAACACAGCCAAAUGGGGAUGACAAAUCUUGUAAAUGGAACAAAAAGUUUAGUUUAUUUCAAUCCAAGAAAAGAUUAUGGGAAUAUUCAGAAAGUUUUCAUCAAUUGGGUGAAUGAGUGGUGUGAUAGCAAGAGAAACUGUAAGCUUAAUAAAUAGAAACCACAAUAUUAGAGCAAACACAUUGAGACACUUAUCCUCACCACUGAGUUCUGAAUUGACUAAAUUAACUGAAGACAAACCCAGUCAUCAUUACAGAUGUGUGCAUCCAAAAUCAAUAAAUCUGAGCAAAUAAUUAGGGGAAGGAAAGUAAUACAGAAUUCUGAUGAGAAUUAGACAAACUGCUUAUCAAAUUUCAAAAGAUUCUGAUCAAAAGCAUGGAAAACAUCCAAGAAGGGAUUUAAAAAUGGAAAAAUUUUGCUUCAGAAAGAAAAUAGGAUUUGUUGCCUCAAAUAUGCUGUAGAAAAAUCUAAAAAGAAACGUGGCAAAGGACAGCUAAAAGUAGUAAAAAAACCCCAAACUGAUAUUAAAAAUUGGCAUUGAGUCAUGCCUUUCUCCAUGUAUCAUAAUUUAAGAAAGUCUUCAUCAGUUAAUGAAUUCCUAAAUUGACAAAAUCAAAUGAGAAAAAACCACCUUACUCAUGUGUUUCAUUUUUGAUGCCUCUUUCAACACUACAUUGUCAAAGCCAAAACUGAAUGGAAUGAAGAGAAUAGAAUGGUUUGAAGAAAUAAGAGGAAUUCAAGCAGAGAAAACAUCAGGAUCUGCCCGCCGAUGGAGGCUCACCCGCCCCCGCAGGCUCCGGCUGACCCGGGGAGACCCGCGGCGCGGAGGGAGGAGCGCGCAGGGCCAUGUGAGCCGCUGGCGGCGGCAGCGGCCCUCGGGGAAGACAGAUGGGGUGAGAGACAGCGCCCGGUCCGGCUGUCAGCGCGGCCCCAGCCCCGCCGCGGAGGGAGCCCCUCCUCCCCGCCGUGUGCGCCGCGCUCCCGGCCGGGGAACCAUGGCGUCCAGCGAGGAAGACGGAGGCGGCAACGGCGCGGUGGAGGAGAAGGAGAACGGCAAGAAGAAGAAGAAGCUGGGCGUCCUGGCCACGACAUGGCUCAUCUUCUACAACGUCGCCAUGACCGCAGGGUGGCUGGUAUUAGGUAUUGCCAUGGUGCGGUUUUAUAUACAGAAAGGAACACAUAGAGGCUUAUUCAGAAGCGUUCAAAAGACGCUUAAAUUUUUCCAGACAUUUGCUUUGCUUGAGGUAAUCCACUGUGCAGUUGGAAUAGUUCGCACAUCUGUGCUUGUGACUGGGGUCCAAGUGAGUUCAAGAAUCUUCAUGGUGUGGUUCAUUGCACACAGUAUAAAACAGAUCCAGAAUGAGGAGAGCGUUAUUCUUUUUCUGGUCGUAUGGACUGUGACAGAGAUUACUCGAUAUUCCUUCUACACAUUCAACCUGCUCAACCAUUUGCCAUACUUCAUUAAAUGGGCCAGAUACAACUUUUUUAUCGUUUUGUAUCCUGCUGGAGUUGCAGGUGAACUGCUAACCAUAUAUGCUGCUUUACCCUAUGUGAAGAAAACAGGAAUGUUUUCACUGAGACUUCCCAACAAAUACAACGUCUCUUUUGACUACUAUUACUUCCUUAUUAUUGUCAUGUUCUCCUAUGUGCCAUUAUUUCCACAACUCUACUUCCACAUGCUGCGGCAGAGAAGAAGGGUGCUUCAUGGAGAAGUGAUUGUGGAAAAGGACGAUUGAAUCAAGCUGUGUAACCAUGGUGCUUUUAGUGGAAGGGAAAAGAAGAGAGGGUAAAGACCCAAAACUUCCUCUGAUUUUUCUGAGUCCAAGUUUUAAAACAUGGAACAAGAAUAAACAACUGUGCCUGUGCCUGUGGACUGUAUUAUUUUUGCAAUUAAUAUAUUUUGAGACCUACCUUUUCAUCCUCAGAUUUACUUUGGUUUUUAAUUGUUGUUUUCUUCAAAUAAAUAUUUUCUUAUUUUCAAUAUGUUGAUGAGUAGCUUUAAGAAUUGGAAUAGUUGGCUACUGUGCCUUCUGUUCUGAAAGUUCUGUUAUGACCUGUAGUCAUUAUCAAGAACAGAAGAAGAGUUGAUAAGUUGUACUGAAAGUGAGUCUUCUGGAAAUCAGAGUGUAAACUAGGUAAUGAUGUUUUUCAUAGGCUAGGUGAAUUGAAUGGUAUUUAAGCUUUAUAUUAAGUAAUACCUUUCCAGUUAUAAGUACUGUAGUGCAUUGUUUAACAUUUUUUGAAUUACAGUAUCACAUGCAGAAUUCCAGAAGGACUUUUGAAAAGAGUUGAAUUCUUGAUUGUCAGUUCAAACUUAGACUUCCCUGUAUUUUCAUUUGUAAUUUUAAAAAUAAUUAGGGUAAUAGAUAUAAUAUUAACUGGUUAAAAGUUUGUGCUGAGGAGAAGACAGGUUGUGCCUUCCUUUCUCUAAUCAGUGGCUGGAAUGGGACUCCUUUGCAGAGCAAAGCUGAUUGUCAGCAUGUUUCCUAUUCUACAUUUAAAGUAUGUACACAGAAAAAUCAGUAUUGCAUGGAAAAUCUGUAGCUAUGGUGAGACAUUUGACUUCUUUUCAAUAGUUCAGUGGGAUAAAAUAUAAUUAAAAUAUCAUCUUAAAAUAUAAAUUGUGCUUUGAUUCAUCCCAUUGGGCAAUUUUAAUUACUCCCUUCCCAUUAAUUGUUUAUACUGUGUUGACCUAAUUCUAUUUCAUGUCUUCAAUAAUCUGCAGGAAGGAUCUACAGUAUAUUGAUAGAAGUUAGAGGUGAUAUUAUACAAUAUGAUACUUGAGUGGGAGAGGUCCAACAAAUUAGAAGAUAUUGAUCUAACAGCCUAGCAGAUUCAGAGAAAAGGUGAUGCAUUUGAGGAAACUUGGAUACUUAGUGAGAGAGAAAAGACUGAAAUGUAGUAAUGUCGUACGAAGCCUUGAAAAUGUACCGGCAGCAAACCUGUCUUGUUUCUGGCUUCUUUGAUGCCAAAAGAAGUGUAUACAUAUGUGGAAGAGCUGCAUCAGGCAGCUGUAAAAUCAGAAUUCUUGUGGUUGCUGAGGUAAUUUGUGGAGUACAGUCUUAUGUUUUGGCUGCCUCAGGGAUGAAGAAUUGGAUAAUCUUCUGAAAGCUCAGAGAACAAUAACAAAACUAGUUGAAGUGAGAAAGAAGUCGGAAAGAUUGAGUUGCUAAUAUGUGUAAUUCUUUGUUCUAUGAUAAAUACAUGGUAGAGCUUUUCUAAGUAUGGAGGUGUAGCUAUGAUGAAUUUGAAACAAGGUAAAGAGCCAAUGAAUAUCAGAAGAAAGGUCCUACUGAUUAGAUCAAUUAUGGAAUAACACAGUAAUGCUUAUCAAUGCAUGCAGCAUCUUGGAAGGGUUUCAGUUAAAGCUGGCAAGAGAUUGAACUACAUAUUUGAAUAGGCAGUUUCCAUUUUUAGCUUCAAUGAUACUAUGAUAAUACAGCUUUUUGAAAUUUGUAGAUAUGCCAGAAUAAGGUGUAUCAAGUAAUUUAAGAAAAAAGCAAGGAUUUGCUAUAUCCCUAACUUUUAAAUUCCAUGUUGUGCCUUGGAUUUGUGAUACUUAUGUAUGUCUUCAUUACACGUAAAUGAGUUUCCUUUUAUGUGACAGGUACAUAGUGGAGUUGAGACAGAACAGUUGUAUUUCUUUAAAUUUUAAAAGGUGUAAUCUUUAUAUUCCUUAAAUUUCACACAAGGUGCUCUAACUUACUGCUUCUGUUUUAUAUGCAGCUAAAAUUAUUAAAAUUUUAAAAUAUAAAUUACAUUUACAACAUUGAAUCACAAAAUAGUUGUGUUACCUGUGUUCAGACUAGCUGUGGUAUGUGUCCAACAUUGUUUCAGUACUGUUUUAUAAACUAUGUGGAACAUAUUGGCAGUUUUGUGAAAUAUAUCUCCAUUAGCAAACAGAAGAGUGUGAUGAAUUAUAAAAAACUAAGAUUAGAUUAAGUUCUGUGUUUCUUGUUACUGUCUGGGCAGCUCACUGAAGACUAUAGCUAUCAAUUCAUAGAAAGUGCAUUGGAUUUGAAAUCCUUGAUCAGAUGAGUGUAUCCUGUAGAUAGUAUUCUUACUAAAGGAAAUACUUGCACUAUAAAAGUGUAUUAUAUUUGUUUUCAUUGUGGCCUAAGGAUAUUAUCAUAUGUUAAUCAAAGACCUAUUUUUAUAUCCUUUUGUACAUAGGAAACUUAAAAAAACCCAACACUGUUUGCUACAGUCUUGGGUUGCACUUCCAUAAAGCAACAAUGUACAAGGUAAUGAUACAAUUUAAAACUGGAUUUACAGCUACAAAAGUCUUGCUAUAUAAUGAAUUAAUAAAAGUAAAGCUAAAAAUUA